AUGAUAAGCAGAGGUUCCUCCGUCACUUCUACUUCAUCUGAAACUACAAAAACUUCAUCAACCUUGUCUUCUCCAAUAGCCUCUUCUAUUGAAACAACUCCAACCAUUUCGAUUAACCCCACGAUUCCAUGUCCAGAAUAUAUAUCUGUUACAAUAGUGCCUACUUCUCCCACUCCAAGUAUAGAAAUUGAUCCAAAUAGUAAAGUUACUUUUGCAUCCACUAUCCCAUUACCAGUCUUUACCUCUACUACUGAGGUGGCCACCACCUCUCCUAGUUCCACAGCUAUGACAACUGUAUUUCCUACACAUAUGGACACUUCUACUUCAGAUCUGGAAACUGACCCCACCAACAUCAUAACUGAUUCUCCUAAUUCUAUCAGCCCUGGGACUGUCCCUGUUGGCACAGUUUUGAUGAGCACACACACACCCACCAGUGGUACUUGGAUGAGCUCCUACUCUGUCACCACCUCAGCUGUGCCCCGCUUCACUAGCCUCCCACUGACCAUGAAACCAAGCAGCAGCUUUCCAACUGUCAUGAGGACGUCAAGCAAGUUGACACACCCCAGCCCAACCACCUCCAGGAAUCCAGAGACAUCGGUGGCCACCACUCAGACUCCCACCACUUUGACAUCACCCCGGACAACUUUGACCACUACUCAGAUGCCCAUACAGUCUACACUGACCACCACCCUAGGCAGCCGUGACAACGGUGGCACCUGGAUACAGGGAUGUUGCUUUUGCUCCUCGGGGUUCUCUGGGGACCACUGUGAGCCGCAGGAGAUGAGGGGCCAGAAUGGAGGUCAAUGGGAUGGCCUCAAGUGCCACUGCCACAGUACCUUCUCUGGCUCCUGGUGUGAGUUUGCCGUGAAACAGGUGGAACUGAAAACGGUGGACGCUGAAGCGGGCAUGGAGGUGUCUGUCCAACAGGAAUUCACGCCGGGGCCCAAUGACAACACUUCUGAGGCCUACAUGGAUUUCAGCAACACCUUCAAGAAUCAGAGGAAGAAUGUUUACUGAAACAUGCAGGGGUUCAAGGGUGUGGAGAUCCUCUCCCUGAGAAGUGGAAGCAUUGUGGUAGACUAUCUGGUCCUGUUGGAGUUGCCCUUCAGUGUCCAGCUGGAGAAUGAGUAUGAGAAGGUGAAGACGGCCCUGAAGGAGGAGCUCCGGAAUGGCAGCAAGGACCGGGCCAGCUGCCUGAACAACCAGACCCUGUGUUUUAAGCCUGACUCCAUAAAGGUGAACAACGACACCAGGACGGAGCUGACCCCGGAAGCCAUCUGUGGCCGCGCCGCUGCCCAGGGUCAUGAGGGUUUCUACUUUCCUUUGGUGGAGGAGAACCGGCUCCGCUGCGUCACCAAGAGCACGCCGGGCGUGGAUGGCGCAAUCUACUGCAGCCAGGGCCAGUGCCUUCUAGAGAAGAGCGGUCCGGCUUGCCGCUGCUUCUCCACGAACACGCACUGGUUCCUGGGCUCGCGCUGCGAGGUGUCCGUCGCCUGGAAGGCGCUGGUUGGGGGCCUCGCGGGGGCCGCGGCCCUGCUGCUGCUGCUGUUGGUGGCAUUCGGCGUCUUCGUGGUGGGGUGGCAAAGGGGUCUCAGGCAGGGCAGCCCUGCUCUGACCGCAUGCGCCCUGAUCAGGUGCUGGGACGAUGACGACAGGAAAUGGUUCCAGAUAUGGGAUGAGGACUCCGUGGGGACUUUUACAAACUUGGGCUUCCAGGACGACACAACAGUCAAGGAAGAAAACGUCCAUGUGGCCUUGGAGAAUGUGGACACCAAUAUGAGGGUACACACCCAGAGACCUGAGGUGGACUUGUCCUCGCUGUGAGCCCUGCGCUGUCCCUCUACACUGCCCCAGAGAGCAGGAAAGAACCACCUACACUGCAUCCAUUUCAAGAGAUGGUCCGGGUCUCAUGCAGCUCAGUGUCCUGGUUUCCUUGGGCAAAACCAGAACAUCCUCUGACACCUGUCUUUCUCCACCUUGGGUGAAACUUACCUGGAGACUGAGUUCAGACCCGGCUCCACUGUCGGACCUUGGGCAAUAACCUCUGAGGCCAGAAGGUCCCAGCCUCCUGAGCAGGA